CACCCCCCUCCCCCGCCCUCCUACCAGUGGAUCUCGUGUGCCGGUUAGCAUGCCACUCAGACGCCGAAUCUGCAGCAAAUAAAUCCAAAUUAUUAAUACACAACGCCAAAUUCCUGCAGUUGGAGCAAAGGCCUGGUUGCGCAGAAAUAUUGGCGCCGAGGAGGGAGCGGGUUGGUGGAAAGAGGGGUGCGUGGCGGUGGGAAGUGCUUUCCUAACCAAAUCCUCCAGAACAUGGCGGAGCACCACACCGCCUCCGACUGUAAGCACAAAGCGAGCUCCAACUCCGGAGGUUCGGUCUCGGGCAACGGACGGCCCAACUCCCCGGCUGGAUGCAGCGGUGGAGGCCUGUCCGGGGGACUGACGCAGCCGGCGGGAUGGCAGUCUUUGCUGUCGUUCACCAUUCUCUUUCUGGCCUGGUUGGCAGGGUUCAGCUCUCGACUUUUCGCAGUUAUUCGCUUCGAGAGCAUCAUUCACGAGUUUGACCCUUGGUUCAACUACAGAUCGACUCAUCAUCUCACCACUAACGGUUUUUAUGAGUUUCUCAACUGGUUUGACGAGAGGGCCUGGUACCCAUUGGGCAGAAUAGUGGGAGGGACGGUGUAUCCUGGUCUGAUGGUGACGGCGGGCUUGAUCCACUACAUACUGAAUCUGCUUCAUGUGACUGUGCACAUACGUGACGUUUGCGUGUUCCUGGCCCCCGUCUUCAGUGGCCUGACUGCCAUCUCCACCUUCCUGUUGACGCGGGAGCUGUGGAACCAGGGUGCCGGGCUGCUAGCAGCGUGUUUCAUCGCCAUUGUACCCGGCUACAUUUCACGCUCUGUGGCCGGCUCAUUUGACAACGAGGGCAUUGCCAUUUUUGCCUUGCAGUUUACCUACUACUUAUGGGUGAAAUCGGUGAAAACUGGCUCGGUUUUUUGGGCCAUCGGCUGCUGCCUCUCUUACUUUUACAUGGUGUCUGCAUGGGGAGGAUACGUCUUCAUCAUCAACCUGAUUCCCCUCCAUGUUUUCGUGCUGCUCCUUAUGCAGCGCUUCAGCAGGAGACUGUACAUCGCCUACAGCACCUUUUAUAUAGUGGGGUUGGUGCUGUCCAUGCAGAUCCCCUUCGUAGGGUUCCAGCCCAUCAGGACGAGCGAGCACAUGGCUGCAGCAGGUGUAUUUGCUUUACUUCAGGCUUACGCCUUUCUGCAGUAUCUGAAGGACAGACUGACCAGGCAGGAGUUCCAGACACUGUUCUUUCUGGGCGUUUCUAUGGCUGCAGGGGUGGUUUUCCUUACUGUCAUUUACCUGACUUACACAGGGUACAUUGCUCCUUGGAGUGGGCGUUUUUACUCUCUCUGGGACACAGGAUAUGCAAAGAUCCACAUCCCCAUCAUCGCAUCGGUGUCAGAGCACCAGCCCACCACCUGGGUCUCCUUCUUCUUUGACCUGCACAUCCUGGUCUGCACCUUCCCAGCAGGCCUCUGGUUCUGCAUCAAGAACAUCAAUGAUGAGCGAGUCUUUGUGGCUCUAUAUGCCAUCAGCGCAGUGUACUUUGCUGGUGUGAUGGUGCGUCUGAUGCUGACACUCACCCCAGUGGUGUGCAUGCUGUCAGCCAUCGCCUUCUCCAGUGUGUUUGAGCACUACCUGGGCGAUGAUAUGAAGCGCGAGAACCCACCGGCUGAAGACAGCAGUGAUGAGGACGACAAGAGGAAUCAGGGGAACCUCUAUGAUAAGGCCGGCAAAGUCCGAAAGCACGUGUCGGAGCAGGACCGGCCAGAAGAGGGUUUGGGCCCCAACAUCAAAAGCAUUGUUACCAUGUUAAUGCUGAUGCUCUUGAUGAUGUUUGCGGUGCACUGCACGUGGGUCACCAGCAACGCCUACUCCAGUCCCAGUGUAGUGCUGGCAUCAUACAACCAUGACGGAUCACGCAACAUUCUGGACGAUUUCCGUGAAGCGUAUUACUGGCUCAGGCAGAAUACAGAUGAACACGCUCGAGUCAUGUCCUGGUGGGACUACGGAUAUCAGAUAGCCGGCAUGGCCAACCGCACCACGCUGGUGGACAACAACACGUGGAAUAACAGCCACAUAGCACUGGUCGGUAAAGCCAUGUCCUCCAAUGAGAGUGCAGCCUAUGAGAUAAUGAAGUCCUUGGAUGUGGAUUACGUUCUGAUCAUCUUUGGGGGAGUGAUUGGAUACUCAGGCGACGACAUUAACAAGUUCCUGUGGAUGGUGCGCAUCGCUGAGGGGGAGCAUCCUAAAGAUAUCCGGGAAAGUGAUUACUUCACACCGCAGGGAGAGUUUAGAGUGGAUAAGGCCGGCUCUCCCACCCUGCUCAACUGCCUGAUGUACAAGAUGUCUUACUACCGCUUUGGGGAAAUGCAACUGGACUUCCGCACACCCCCUGGAUUUGACCGGACACGGAACGCAGAGAUCGGCAACAAGGACAUCCGUCUGAAACACUUGGAGGAGGCGUUUACCUCUGAGCACUGGCUGGUGCGCAUCUACAGGGUGAAGAAGCAAGAGAACCGACAGGCUCUGGACCACAAGCUCCGCAACAUCGCAGCCAAGCAGAAGUACACCUCAAAAAAGACAGCCAAAAGGAAGAGGGGAUACAUCAAAAACAAGUUGGCUCUGAAAAAAGGCAAGAAACUGAACAAGAAGUCUGUUUAGCUAUUGAAUGAAAACGUUGAGAAUGGAAAAAG